AUGAGCGGGGAGAACGGUCCUCAGGACGAAAAGCUGCCGGCACCAAAGUCGGUGCCGGACAUCGCCAACUCUGGGAGCAUGGCCGAGGUCACGGCCGAAGUCGCGGGCGAGGUCGAAGGUUCGAUCAUCUGGACCGACGGCGACUUUGAAAAGCAAAAGAAUGCUGCCGAUGUCGAGGCGCAGGGCAAGACGGCCGAACGCGCGGGAAACCGCAAGUUCGAGGCCAAGACUCGCCAGCACUGGUACCAGUUCUGGCGCUUCAAGCACAUGCCCCCGGCGCCUCCGGCCUCGCUUGACGAUGCCAAGCUGCUGCCGCUCGCCAAUGCCAACUUCUUUAGCGACUGGUCCUACUCUUGGAUUAGGCCGCUUCUGAUGCUCGGAUACCGCCGCCCGCUCGAGGCGACGGAUCUCUGGGCGAUGGACGGGCCGCGCCAGGCGGAACACCUCAGCAGCAAGCUGCUCGAGCGCUGGGCCGCGCGUGUGGAAAAGGCCGACGCGCACAACAAGCGCCUCGAGGACAAUGAAAUCAACCCGAGCGGCUACCAAAAGUCCAAGUGGCGCAGCGCUGCCAAGAAGGAGGCCGCAAACGACCUCGGCGGCAAGGCUACUGUUGAAGAGCGCAUGAAGGCCAAGGAGUACUGCUGGCGCACCGCGCCUCUCCAGGACAUCAAGGCCGAGCUGCGCACCCCUGAAAUGAAGCAUAUGCAUGCGAUUGCCGGUAAGGUCAAGUCGCAACACAAGCACGCCAACCUCUUCUGGGCGCUGAUGGAUAUUUUCUGGGUCAACGUUCUCAUCGGUUUCUUCGCGAAGCUCUUGGCCGACACUGCCUACCUCGGUUCCGCACUGAUUAUGGGUCACAUUAUUGAAGUCGUGAAGAAGGCUCAUGCUGGCUACAUCCCUUUCCAUGACGGUGUUCGCAUUGGUAUGGGUUACGUUGUGGGCAUGUUUGUGAUCAUGGUUAUCAGCAACUUCUUGUCGAACCGUUUCUUCUACGAAUCUCUCUAUGUUGGUGUGUUUUCCCGUGCAGCUCUUGUCUCGGGUAUCUUUAGGCGCGCCCUCAGCAUGCAAGGUCGCGACCGCUCUACCGGCAAACUCGUCAACCAUAUUUCGACCGAUGUGUCUCGCAUUGACUUCGGCUCGCAAUGGUGGCUUUUGACGUUUACGGCACCUGUUGAGAUUAUUGUGUGCUUGAUUAUUCUCUUGACGCAAGGUUUGGGUGCUUCGUGUCUGGUCGGUUUCGCGCUCGUGCUCAUUGUGAUGCCUGCGCAACUGUACUGCAUGAAGUUUUUGUUUAUUAUUCGCGCCAAGUCGAUGGAGUGGACGGACCGCCGCGCACGCCGCACUCAGGAAGUUCUUUCGGGCAUGCGCAUCGUCAAGCUAUUCUCAUACGAGUCUAACUUUUUGAAGCUUAUUAGCAAGCUUCGUAAGAACGAGCUCGUGUACAUCUUCCAGCUGACGGUGGCCCGUGCGGGUAUCAUGGCAAGUGCGAUCAGCCUGCCCCUCCUUGCCGGUGUCUGUGCCAUCAUCACUUAUUACUACACACACCAGGACAAAGAAGACCCGCUCGACCCUGCCAUUACUUUCCCGGCGAUCACUCUCUUCCAGCUUCUUCGUAUUCCGCUCAUGUUCUUGCCCUUCGGUCUCAGUGUGAUUGCCGACGGUGCCAACUCGUUCGUGCGUCUGCGUGAAGUCUUCUACGCGCAGCAACACGACACUACAGUCAAGUCGGACGAGUCGUCGCCUUUCGGCCUCAAGCUGACGAAUGCACUUUUUGAGUGGGAGGACGUCAGUGAGGACGCGACACUGAAGCCGACUGCGACUCAGGAAAAGAAGCAAAUGAAGAAGCAAAAACAAAAGCAGAAGAAGAUGUGGGCUUUCUUGCGCAGGGAUCGCAAAAAGACUCCGAAGGACACCGAAAAGAAGCGUCUCGGUCUCUUCCGCAAGAAGAACAAGAAGGGCGAGCUGAUUGUCCCUGCUACCGAGCCUCAGCCUGCACCGGAAACUAAGGAAGAGGAGCCUGCCGACGAGUUUGUCAUGUCGCCGCUGAACCUUGAAAUCAAGCGCGGUGAACUGUGUGCCAUUGUUGGCCCCGUCGGCUCUGGCAAGUCUUCGCUCCUGCUUGGUGCGAUCGGCGAGAUGCGCAAGGUAUCUGGUGACGUGACGUGGGGCUCGCAGCGCAUUGCGUACUGUUCGCAGUCUGCCUGGAUUCAAAACGCGACGCUCCGUGACAACAUCACCUUCGGUCAGCCGUUCGAUGAAGCUCGCUACUGGGAGUGCAUUGAGCGUGCCGAACUCCCUGCUGACUUGGCGCUGCUGCAGAACGGUGACUUGACCGAGAUUGGCGAGCGCGGUGUGACCCUGUCGGGAGGCCAGAAGCAACGUGUGAACAUUGCUCGUGCGCUUUACUACGACGCUGACGUCAUUUGUCUCGACGACCCUCUCUCGGCAGUCGACGCGCACGUCGGCAAGGCGCUUUUCAACAAUGCCAUUCUUCCUCUCCGCAACCGUGGGAAAACAAUUCUUCUUGUAACGCAUGCGAUUCAGUAUCUGCAAGGCUGUGACAAGAUUGUGUCGAUGGACGACGGCCGCAUUGAGGACUUUGGUACCUACCAAGAGCUGAUGGGCGCACGCGGCAACUUCUACAACAUGAUGAAGAACUUUGGUAUGCUCAAGGAGGCUGGCGAAGACGAAGAUGCCGAAGAGCUUGCAGCAGACACCGAAGACGCUAAAAAGCGCAAGCCUAAGGUCGACGUUUCGAAGCUCAGCAAGCCGGGUGGUAAGACGAUGGAGGACGAGGAGCGGAACACGGGUACCGUCGACGGCUUUGUGUACAGGUCGUACCUGAAGGCUGGUAGCGCCUCGUGGAUUCUCCCCAUUGCCAUUACAGCCGCAUGCUGCAUGCAAGCUGCUACAACUCUGUCGACCUACUGGUUGAACUGGUGGGAGGAGUGGCACAGAACCGGUGAACGCACAAUGGGCUUCAGUGUCGGACUCUAUGUCAUGCUGGGUCUUCUUCAGCUUGUUUUCAACUUUAUUUUGGAUGUUUUCCUUGGACUGAUGACUUUCUUGGCCUCACGUAAAUUGCACGACAAUGCGAUGAAGCGUGUCAUUUACUCGCCGAUGGCAUGGUUCGACACCACGCCGCUUGGUCGCAUUAUCAACCGUUUCGGAAAAGACAUCGACGUGCUGGACAACCAGCUGAGCAAUCUGCUCCGCCAAUGUGUCUCGACCAUCAUGGCUAUCGUUGGUGCUGCAGCGAUGAUCAUUGCACUGACGUAUUACUUCGCGAUCGCCAUCGCUGCAGUGUUUGUCAUUGCUUAUGUGGUCGCGCUCUACUACCGUUCUUCUGCGCGUGAGUUUAAGCGUAUCGAUGCCGUGCUGCGCAGUACGCUGUACUCGCACUUUGCCGAGUCGCUUUCAGGCCUGACGACGAUUCGCGCCUACCGCGAGUCGGAGCGUUUCCUGAAAGAGAACUACAAGCGCAUGGAUCUGCAGAACCGUGCAUACUUCUUGACGGUUGUCAACCAGCGCUGGCUGGGUCUGCGUCUCGAUCUGCUUGGUUCGCUUUGCGUUCUGGUCGUUGGUACUCUCACUGUCUGUCUGAAGAAUACGAACCCCGGCAAGACGGGUACCUCGUUGUCGAUGAUCAUUACCAUCGCCCAGACCCUUGGUUUCCUCACUCGUCAGCUCACUGAGCUUGAGAACGAGAUGAACUCGGCUGAGCGUCUUGUCUACUAUGCCGAGACGCUCGACCAGGAGGCGCCUCAGCAAAUCCCCGAGACGAAGCCGCCUUCGUCGUGGCCUUCGGAGGGCACGUUGGAGUUUGACAAUGUCUGGUUGCAAUACCGCCCGACUUUGCCGAAUGUGCUCAAGGGCGUCACUCUCCAAGUCGGCGCUGCCCAAAAGGUCGGUAUUGUCGGUCGUACGGGUGCAGGCAAGAGUUCGAUCCUGACGGUCUUGCUGCGUCUCACUGAAGCGACGCGCGGUGCGAUCAAGAUCGACGGCGUCGAUGUGUCCAAGAUCGGUCUUGAAGAUCUGCGUCGUGCGAUUGCCAUCCUUCCUCAGGAGCCGCUGCUCUUCAGCGGCACGCUGCGCUCGAACCUGGACCCCUUUAAUAUCUACGACGACGCGCGUCUGUGGGAUGCGAUGCACCGUGCCUACCUUACGGGCCAAGCGAACACGAUUACGACUGAAGAAGCAAUUACGGACCCCAAUAUCCCGACCACGACGCGCACAGAGCUCCAGGAAGGCGCCGCUGCCGAGGGCAAGGCGACCGAGAGCAAGUCGCUGACGCGUCUGUCACUCGACUCGAUCAUUGACGAGGAAGGUGCGAACCUGUCGGUCGGCCAGCGCUCGCUUGUGUCGUUGGCCCGUGCCCUUGUGCGCAACUCGAAGAUUAUUCUGCUGGACGAGGCCACUGCGUCGGUCGAUCUCGAGACGGAUGCCAAGAUCCAGCAGACGAUCCGCACCGAGUUCAACGACCGCACGCUGCUGUGUAUUGCGCACCGUCUGAGUACGAUUAUUGGCUACGACCGUAUUGUGGUGAUGGACGACGGCAAGGUUGCCGAGUUUGACACGCCGCUCGCCCUCUUUGACCGUCCCGAGAGCAUUUUCCGAGGCAUGUGUGACCGCAGCGGUAUUACGCGCGAAGAGGUGGUGCAUGCGCACAUGUAA